CUCUCUCUCUCUCUCUCUACAAUGGGAAGGAAGAUGUGCAUUGUAAUGUUCUCUGUAGUUAUGAUGCUGCAAUAUUUACUGGUAGAGAACCAUCACGGCAUCACCCAAGGCAGCCUUCAACCUCAAGAGUGCGGUCCACGUUGCACCGAAAGAUGCUCAAAAACAGCGUUCAAGAAGCCAUGCAUGUUCUUCUGCAAAAAGUGCUGUGCAAAGUGCUUGUGUGUGCCUUCGGGAACUUACGGGAACAAGGAAUCCUGUCCUUGCUACAACAAUUGGAAGACCAAGAGAGGAGGACCCAAAUGCCCUUGA